AAUUAAGGAUGAUAAUAACAUUUUAAUGCUCAAGUAUAUUCAAGAAUUAAACCAACAAAUACAAGACUAUAUUUGUGAUUUUAGAAGUUUUGGCAAAAUGGAUAGUAAACAAGAUUCUCAAAAGAGUUUUGCGACUAAAUCUCUCAACUAUCUCAAUAAUCUACAAGUUCAAUCUAAAAAUAAAAUCAUCAAACAAAGCAUGACAUUUCUAUCCAAAACUCGCUCAGACCUAAAUUCCAAAUCCCAACGCUUCAUUACAGAACUAGCCAACAUAUCUUCCGAAUUCACCAAAAUCAACCAAGAAAAAUUCGACCAAAUCAAAUCCUUCCUCCAAACCCACGAAACCCUCACUCAAGAACGUUGCUCCCUCACCUCAGAAAUCACCCAAUUCACCCACAAAAUGACCUCCAAGUACACUUCGGCACUAUCCCACCACUCAAAAACCCUCUCCAAAAUCACCUCCAAACUCUCAAUCCUCCACUACAUCCACCACUCUCAUCUCCAAGAUGAAGAGAUGUGGGAAGGAUUUUGGGAAGAUUGUGAAUUGAGGAGGAGGAAGGAAGAAGAGGGUGAAGGGGUUGACUGGGAAGGAUGUAGGGUUGUGGUGAAGAAGGUGACGGAUGUUAGUGAGGAGAGUGGGAGUGGGCUUGUAGUUCCGAUGUGUAAAAGAGCUAAUUUGGGGUAUCUGGCGAAUGAGUUUGGGAAUGUCAAGGUGAAAGCGGGAGAGGAGUUUGAUAAGGCGUGUGAGAUUUAUGUGAAGGAGCAUGAAAGUUUGGCAAAGGGAGAUGCGGUGGUGCUUCCUUCUGGAGGAUUGAGGUUUGAUAAGAUUAUAGCUGCUCAUUGUCCUGAAUAUGUGAGAGAUCAAAACAAGGGCAAUAUUGUUUAUUUCUUAAAGAGAACAAUCGAGAGAGUAUUAUGUCUGUCGACUAUAUACCAGCUUAAAUCAAUAGUAAUUCCUUCUUUCUGCUCUGAGGUCUCAAAAAUCCCAAUUGAAUUAUACUCAUGUAUCGUGAUCAAGACCGUUAAGGAUUACAUCAACGCUUACAGUAAUAUUAUGGAAGGCAAAACUGUUACAAUUUGCUAUUCUAAACUAAGUGAUCAAGAAUAUUUCACAGAUGCAAUCAAUAAUGAAGAUCUUCAGUUCCCAGAGAUAGACUUUGAUCAACAAUAUUAUGAAAGCGAGAAAGAAGAAAGACUGACUUCCGAGUUAGAAUCUCAACAAAAAAUAAUCGCUAAAAUGCAAAGAGAAAAUAAUGAACUUAAGGAAGAAAAUAGCAUGAAUAAUUAUAUAAUAUUCUAGAAA